AUGGGCCUCAUCAUGAAACGCUUCACAGAACAGGCCGGUUUUGAAAAGCACACAAGCGCUGUUGAGGAGCUGGCAGGCUUCAUGCAAGAGGUGGCAAGGGCGGCAUUGCUGCUGCAUGUGAAUGAGGAUGACAUGCUUGACCAGCAGGAUGGCCUCAGUGCCUUGCUAAUUCGCCCCCUGUUGAGAAGCGCGGCAAAGACCCCAGCUAAGCACAUGGCCUCCAACGCCUAUGUGUUGGUGAAUGCUGCGCUCAUGGUCUUCUUCGAACAGGCUCAAUCCCCAUCAGUUGCAGCUGUGGCCUUGGACUGCCUGAAACACAUACUCGGCAGCAUGAGCAUGGGCCAACAGCGAGUGCUCGUGGCAGAGGCAUUCCUGCCCAUGAGGAAGAGUGUUGAGAUCCUGGGCGCUGACAUGAAGCCAGCGGUGGUCCGCUCGCUUAUCACUGAGAGCCUCAACUGCAUGCUGCUCAAGUCAGAUUGGCACCUGCGUAAGGAGGCUGCUGACACCAUUGCUGCGCUGGCGGCCUCCUCACAGGUGUUCAGGAAGACAGCGAAUGCUUGGCAGCUGGAGCGGUCUGACGGCCUCGCCAUUUUGGCAGCAGAAAAGAGCGCAAUUCUUGCUUCGCUGACAGAUGUCAAGUAUGACAAAAUUGUCCAUGUGCGGCAGCGGAUCGACAGCAAUGCAGAUGCGCCCGCUGAACCGGCAGCAGACACAGAGCAGAGAGGGGAGGACCUGCAGCCCAGAAGGACAGGCAGCGCCCCAGGAAAGGCAGCAGUGCAGCAGCACAGAGCACCAAGAAAGGGUGAUGCGCCGAUGGCAAAGCCGCGCAGAUGGGUGGGGGCCAGCAUGGACUUCGGAGUGCAGGUGUAUGCGCCUGAGCGGCCACGGGCUCCAAGCAGCAAGCAGGAGGAAGAAGGCAUGCAUGGCCUUGUAGGCGCUGGCACAGCUGCUGCUGGGCAGACCCCUGCAGAUGCGCCGGGACAUACGCAGCCACAAGCGUCCAGGUCAGGCAGUGCAGCUGGGAAGACUUCAGGAGUUGAGCCAGAUGUUUGCGGUAGCUCAUCUACUGCCAACGUGGACGACUGCAGCGCAGUUGACACAAAGCAGCUGCUGGAGCAGCUGCGCACCUUCCAUGACUUGGUGUCAGCCGCUGCCGGGACGGUUCCACAGGAGUAUCAGACAGCUUACACUGGCGGCCACGCAACUCCACAGAGACCACCCUCCCGGCAGCCGACCACCAUGGCGGACACCCCACUCUACGGCGCUGGCACGGCACCAGAUGAGACGCCACAGCCCGUCGGACACGCCAGCAUGAGCACACCUGCAUUUACUGUGCAGCCGAGCACGCCGCCGACUGCAGCUCACAGCGCAGGGCCAUGGGAGGGAACGCCCGAGGCCAGGGCGGUCCUGCAGGGGCAGCGGGCGCUGAUGGCGCAGUUGCAGCGGCUGCUGGACAACCCCGGCGCCCUGCAGGCGCCCGGAGCCAGCCUGAAGGAGCUUCAGGGCAGCCUGCUGCAGGCCACCGCCACGCUGCAGCACAGCCGCGCCCUGCACAACAUCCAGGGCGUGCUCGGCGACGCGCGCCGCCUCGAGACCCCUCCGGCCUCCCGACGCCAGACCCAAUCAGACGGAGAGCACCUGCAUGGCCUGCCUGAAGAGACGCCAAAUGGAGCUGGCCCGAUUGGUGACACCAGCACGCGUCAGCAGGAUGAGCAGCAGCCGCUGGAGGACUUCCAACAGGUUGUGUCGAGCAGCCACCGCAUGCAGAGCCUGCUCAGCGACAGGCUGAGCUCCAGCAAGAAGUCCAAGGAGGCCCCCAGCGACUGGUCCGACAUGAAGCCUGCGCCGGCCGCACACAGCAAUGGGAUGCACGCAGAUGGCGCGUCCAGCGCAGCCCGAGCUGCCCGAGCUGCGCUGCAGAGAAGCUCAGACGAUGGCGGAUCUGCAGCAGGGAAGGAGAUAUCCAGUCACCAGUUCCAUGCGCGCACCGGCAUGGAGGAGCCAGGUCAACGCCUGCAUGACAGGCGCAGCUCCUGGCACCAGAUGACUGAGCCGCGCGCAGAUCCGCUGUCAGCACACUCCACACAGCGCCGCUCACGUUCAACAGCAGAUGAAGCGGCUUGCGCAGCGGCGCGAUCCGAUGCCGUCCAGGGGGCCAGCGAGGAGACAGAGGCGCUCGCUGGCAUCACCAGGGAGGUCAACAGGCUGCUGCGGUCCCCUGGCAAGCCUCCCAGCAGACGCUGGAGCGUGGAGCAUGCUGCAGGAGGUCACACACUGCCGGAGGAAUCAAAACAAACCACGCCAGUGCAUGCUAGCGCAGCAGGACGCCCAGGAUCGGCCAGCAGCGCGUCCGGGAAGGCCAGGCCGCCGCGCCAGGCUGGCAGCAGAACCGCGCCGCUGUCCGCAGGCGCCAGAGGCAGCCCCGACAUGAACGUGCAUUGCAACCCUCUGUUCGGCGCGGAAGACCCGCCGCAGGCUGCUGCACAGGAGGGCAACUCUGCCUCAUCCAAGGGAGGCCUUGGUGCGCAGUCAGGACAUGACAGCGCCGAUGGCCGCCUAAUGGAGCAAAGCAGCACCAGCAGAGCUGGAGACACUAGGGACAGAGUGCUUCUUCUGCCUGACGCCCAGCCAAAAGAGACUCAGGAGAAUGGUGGGAAGAUUGCGCAACUUGAAGCCCUCCGCUUGCAGGUCAACCGAGAACUUGAUGCCCUGGUAAAGCUGGUGGAUAGCUGA